AUGGGUAAGUGCACAUGUGAACAGGUGCAACCCCUGGUUGCCGAGAACAACGCCCAGGCAAUCAAGGACCCACGGCUGCACGCUCCCAGUGACGUGAUCCUCAAGCUCUCCCGCUUUGCCCUCUCCUGCACCGCCACGCCCGUCGCCACGCGCCCCUCCAUGGCGCGCAUUCUCUCCGACCUCAUCGCCAUGAAGGAGGAGUUUCUCGGCCCGGACCCGGACCCCCUGGUGGUGCGGAUUGACAGUGAUCUGGAGAAUCGCCGCGGGCCGACCUUCUCGCAGGAGAUUCGGCGGGCGAAUGCGGUGGCGUCGGAGCGGGAAGGGGCAUCGGGGUCGGGGAUUAGUGUUGGGAUGGGGUCGAUCGGGGAGAUGAAGUCUGUAGAUAGCGGUGUGUGA